AUGGCGGACAGCAGUGGCAGUAAUCCUCAAUCACCCGGUUUCACGGAGAAAUUAAAAUCGUGGCUCUGCUGGUCUUGGACGUAUAUAUGUGCGCUUUGGUUCGCCAUGGUCUUGACGAUGGUUUACGUGCUGAGGAGCCCUCUGAAGCUGCAGGAGACCGUCAACGCAGCCUCUGUGUUUUUAAACACCCUUACACCUAAAUUCUACGUUGCGCUCACGGGAACCUCCUCGCUCAUCUCGGGCCUUAUAUUGAUAUUCGAGUGGUGGUACUUUAGGAAGUACGGCACUUCGUUCAUCGAGCAGGUUUCUGUCAGUCACUUGCGCCCUCUACUGGGAGGAGUGGAGAACAGCAGCUCCGCGGGACUCUUCUCUUCAGUAAACGGCGACACAGAGCAGAGAAGCAACGUUGCAGAAUGUAAAGUGUGGAGGAACCCAUUGAACUUAUUCAGAGGUGCAGAGUACAGCAGGUACACUUGGGUGACGGGUAAAGAGCCCCUGACAUAUUACGACAUGAAUUUAUCAGCACAAGAUCAUCAGACCUUCUUCUUGGGAGACACUCAGCAGCUUAAACCAGAAGACUCUGUAAUGCAGAAGGCCUGGAGGGAGAGGAACCCGCAGGCACGCAUUCGAGCAGCUUACCAGGCAAUUGAAAUGAACCGGGAAUGUGCUGCAGCAUAUGUGCUUCUUGCCGAGGAGGAAGCCACAACCAUCACAGAAGCUGAACGGCUAUUCAAACAAGCCCUUAAAAGUGCCGGUAAAGACACCAAUCUUGUGGUUUACAUCAAGCGCAGACUGGCCAUGUGUGCUAGAAAACUGGGUCGCAUCAAAGAAGCUGUAAAGAUGAUGAGAGAUUUAAUGAAAGAAUUUCCUUUACUUGGAAUGUUAAACAUUCACGAGAACCUUCUAGAAGCGUUAUUAGAGCUGCAGGCCUACGCAGAUGUACAAGCAGUCCUCGCAAAAUAUGAUGAUAUCAGCUUGCCAAAAUCAGCUACUAUAUGCUACACAUCUGCCUUACUGAAAGCCAGAGCGGUGUCAGAUAAGUUUUCACCUGAGGCAGCGUCUAGACGAGGUCUCAGCACAGCAGAGAUGAACGCAGUGGAGGCCAUACACAGAGCUGUGGAGUUCAACCCACAUGUACCAAAGUAUUUAUUAGAGAUGAAGAGUCUGAUUUUGCCACCUGAGCAUAUUUUGAAGAGGGGAGACAGUGAGGCGGUGGCGUACGCCUUCUUUCACCUGCAGCACUGGAAGCGGGCAGAGGGGGCGCUCAACCUGCUACACUGUACCUGGGAAGGCACUUUCCGGAUUAUUCCAUACCCUCUGGAGAAGGGUCAUCUCUUCUAUCCUUACCCAGGAUGCACAGAGACCGCAGAUAGAGAGCUUCUGCCUUCAUUUCACGAGGUCUCAGUGUACCCAAAGAAGGAGCUUCCUUUCUUCAUCCUCUUCACAGCGGGCCUUUGCUCCUUCUGUGCCAUGUUGGCCAUGCUCACACACCAGUUUCCAGAGCUCAUGGGGGUCUUCGUCAAAGCUUUCUUCAGCACCCUCUUUGCACCACUGGGCUUUUUUGCAGACAAGAUGGAGAGUUUUAUGCCCUCCUGCCUGUGGCAUCAACUUGCAAAUGUCUGACGAACACCAAUUCAUACAUACUUGCACUCAAAAACACUACUGUACAUGUAAUAUGUGUAAGGUCCCCACCUGUACUGACAAUAAAAAUGUUUUGGCUCUUUGACACA